ACCUCCAAACUGCUUUUAUUUAUUUACCUGCCUCCAAUAGGUUAAAGAUGAAAACCCACCAGGUUCCAAAGGCUCUAAUUCAGACAGCGAGGGCAGUAUGAGUGGUCAGUCUCAGUCUGUAGUGGAUGGAGGUGGUGGAGCUGCCCGUGCUCCUCCCCCAGCCACUCCUAGGGUUGCCAGCCCUCCUGCAGACCAAAGGAGCGUCAGCUCCAUCAGCAGCCCCAACCAGAAUGGCAGUGAAGUGCCAAGGCCUUUGGUGCGCAGAGUGGUUAGGAGGGCAGGACCAGGGGUGGAGGAGCAACCGCCUCCUGCCCCAGAACCACCAAAACCUGCCCCAGCACCCACAUCUGUGCCCAAAACAACCAAAGCCCCUACUCAAGCUACCAGUAAGGAGGAUGAUAUCUCUAUGGGUCUCGCCAGUCUCAUGGGCCGAGGGAGGACCAAAGAGCAUCGCUCUCGCUCUCGAGCUGCAGAGAUCCAGAAACCUGCUGAGGAGACCAAGCAGGAGAACCCAACUUCAGCUACAGCUACAGCUCCUCCACCCACUGCCAACCCUCCUAAAACAGACCCCCUGGCUCCACCUGUGAGCUUCCUCCCUUCUCAUAAACCAAUGUCCCCCACACCACCCACAGGCAUCAACCCACCCUCAAAACCAGACCCCUUAGCUCCUCCUGCUGGCUUCAUCCCAGCCACCAAGCCAAACCCACUGGCCCCACCCACUGGCUUCAUUCCACCUGCAAAACAAGACCCGCUGGCCCCACCUGUUGGUUUCCUUCCAAACCUUAAAUCCAAUCCUCCAGCACCACCAUCCAUUUCUGCCCCACCUCCCAAGCCUGACCCUCUCGCACCACCUGCUGGAUUUGUUCCUGUUCCCAAACGAGAUCCUUUCGCACCAGUAGCAGGGUUCCUCCCCAGGCCCAAAGUGGACCCGCUUGCCCCCCCUGCAGGGUUCAUUCCUGCUCAACGGCCCACUGCGGUCCGGAAGCCCGAGGUAAAGGGAGCUCCUCGACCCUCUGCUGCCCCCGCAGGGAAGCCAAACUCUGCCCCUGCCCAACAGGGAUCCGUACUGAACCCAACUGAGGAGGACCACAAGCGUCUGGAGCAGAUCCUCACUGUGGAGAAACUCACUGCCAAAGCAGAGGAGGACCCCGUGGCUGUCCUGCAGGCUGCCCACGCAGCUGCCCGUCUACCCAAGGUGAAGACCGAGGAGCAGAUAGCUGCAGAGAGAGCCUGGUACGGCACAGAGAAAGUAUGGCUGGUUCACAAAGACGGCUUCUCUUUAGCCACGCAGCUGAAGACGGAGGCGGGGAGUCUCCCCGAGGGGAAGGCCAAGAUCAGACUGGAGCAUGAUGGGACUCUGCUGGAGGUGGAGGAGGAUGAUGUGGAGAAGGCCAACGCUCCCUCGUUCGACCGUGUGGAGGACCUGUCUGUGCUUCCCUACUUGAAUGAAUCCAGCGUCAUGCACUGUCUGCGUCAGCGGUACGGAGGAAACCUCAUCCACACCUAUGCAGGGGCCAACAUCGUCGUAAUUAACCCUGUCAGCGCUCCAUCCAUGUACUCUGAGAAGGUGAUGCACAUGUUUAAGGGCUGCCGGAGGGAGGACACGGCUCCUCAUAUCUACGGCGUGGCCCAGGCUGCGUACCGUAAGCUGCUGACCACCCGGCAGGACCAGUCCAUCGUGCUGCUGGGGAAAAGCGGCAGUGGAAAGACCACCAACUGCCAGCACCUGGUGCAGUACCUGGUGUCCAUCGCAGGCAGCAACGGCAAGGUCUACUCAGCUGAGAAAUGGCAGGCAGUCUACACCAUCCUCGAGGCCUUUGGGAACUGUGGUACAUCCAUGAAUGGCAAUGCCAGUCGCUUCUCCCAUGUUGUCUCUCUGGAUUUUGACCAGGCAGGACAGGUGGCAUCGGCUUCCAUACAGACCAUGCUGCUGGAGAAGUCACGGGUUGCCAAGCGUCCAGAUGCUGAAUCCACUUUCAACAUCUUCUAUUACUUGAUGGCUGGAGCUGACGGUUCUCUCAAGACUGAGCUGCACUUUAAUCACUUUGCUGAGAACAGCGCGUUUGGAAUUCUGCCGAACUCCAAACCUGAAGAGAAGCAGAAGGCCGCACAGCAGUUCACGAAGCUCCAGGCUGCUAUGAAGGUGCUGAACAUCUCAGCUGAGGAGCAGAGGGCCUUCUGGCUGGUCCUGGGGGCGAUCUACCACCUCGGAGCUGCAGGGGCCACCAAAGAGUCAGAUGAAGCGGGCCGUAAGCAGUUUGCGAGGCAUGAAUGGGCUCAGAAGGCGGCGUAUCUCCUGGGCUGCACCCUGGAGGAACUCUCCUCAUCCAUCUUCAAGCCGCAGGCCAAGGGUACCCUCCCCCGAACCUCCAGCGUCCGCCUGGGAGCCGAAGACUCAGGAGAUAAUGCAGGGUCCAAGGCCACAGCAGUGGAGUGUUUGGAGGCUAUGGGUGCUGGUUUAUACUCUGAACUCUUCACUCUGCUCAUCUCCCUCAUCAACAGGGCUCUGAAGUCCACUCAGCACUCUCUGUGCUCGGUGCUGAUUGUGGACACUCCAGGAUUUCAGAACCCUCGGCAGGUGAAGAGCGAGCGGGGGGCUACGUUUGAGGAGCUCUGCCAUAAUUACGCUCAGGAGCGUCUGCAGGCCCUCUUCCACGAGCGCACCUUCAAGCAGGAGCUGGAGCGCUACAAGGAGGAGAACAUCGAGCUCGCGUUAGAUGAUAUCGAGCCCAGCACUUCCCUGUCCAUCGCUGCUGUGGACCAGGCAUCCAGCCAGGCUUUGGUACGGACCCCCGCGAGAACGGACGAGGCGAGGGGCUUGCUCUGGCUGAUGGAGGAGGAAGCUCUGCAGCCGGGGGGAUCGGAGGACACUCUGCUGGAGAGACUCUUCAGCUACUAUGGGCCUGCAGAGGGCGAGAGCAAAGGUCACACACUGCUGUUGAAAGGAGAGCGGCCACAACACUUCCUGCUGGGUCACAGCCACGAGACGGACUGGGUGGAGUACGAUGCGCGUGGUUGGCUGAAUCACACUAAGCAAAAUCCCGCCUCCCAGAAUGCAGCCAGUCUGCUGCAGAAUUCCCAGAAGAAGAACAUCAGCACGUUGUUCAUCGGCCGCUCUGGCAGUGCGACAGUGCUGUCGGGCUCCAUCGCUGGGCUGGAGGGCGGCUCCCAGCUCGCUCUGCGUCGGGCCACCAGCAUGAGGAAGACCUUCACCACCGGAGUGGCUGCAGUCAAGAAGAAGUCCCUGAGUAUCCAGAUCAAACUGCAAGUGGACGCGCUGCUUGACACGGUCCGCAGGUCCCGGGUUCACUUCGUGCACUGUCUGCUGCCGCGGGCGGACGCAUCGCGAGGAUCAGGCUCUCCUGAAGCUCAGAGCGAGAGCUGUGACCCCGGCCUGAUGCAGCUCGACGUGGCCUUACUGAGGGCUCAGCUCCGAGGCUCCAAACUGCUGGACGCUCUUCGCAUCUACAGGCAAGGUUUUCCCGAUCACAUGGUCUUCUCCGAGUUCCGGCGUCGCUUUGACGUGCUGGCUCCUCACCUCACCAAAAAACUCGGCCGCAACUACAUCGUGAAGGACGAGAAGCGAGCCGUAGAAGAGCUGCUGGAGUCUCUGGACCUGGAGAAGAGCAGCUAUCACAUGGGCCUCAGCAGGGUGUUCUUCAAAGCAGGAACCUUGGCUAAACUCGAGGAGCAGAGAGAUGAGCAAACCAGACGCAACAUCACCCUGUUUCAGGCUUCCUGCAGGGGAUACCUGGCCCGACAGGCCUUUAAGAAGAGGAAGGUGCAGGACCUGGCCAUCCGCUGCAUCCAGAAGAACAUCCAGAAGAACCGGGGCGUGAAGGGCUGGCCCUGGUGGAAGCUCUUCACCACCGUGCGUCCGCUCAUCGAGGUGCAACUGACCGAGGAGCAGAUCCGAGGCAAAGACGACGAGAUCCAGCAUCUGAAGUCGAGGCUCGAGAAGGUGGAGAAGGAGAGGAACGAGCUCAGGCUGAACACAGACCGGCUGGAGAGCAGGAUCACAGAGCUGACCACAGAGCUGACGGAUGAGAGGAACACAGGAGAAUCUGCAUCACAGCUGCUGGAGACGGAGACGGCCGAGAGGCUGCGUCUGGAGAAGGACAUGAAGGAGCUGCAGGGGAAGUUUGAUGGGAUGAAAAAGCAGAUGGAGUCCAUGGAAAUGGAGGUGAUGGAGGCGAGACUCAUCAGAGCGUCGGAGCUCAACGGAGAGAUGGAUGAUGACGAUGAAGCUGGUGGUGAGUGGAAGCUGAAGUAUGACAGGGCGAUCAGAGAAACAGAGUUCACUAAGAAGAGGUUACAGCAAGAGUUUGAUGACAAACUGGAGACGGAGCAGCAGAACAAAAGACAUUUAGAGAGAAAACUAACCGACCUGCAGGCAGAUUACGAGGACAGUCAGCGAUCUCAGCAGCAGGCCAAGAAGAAGUGCCAGAGACUGAUGGCCGAGCUCCAGGACACCAAGCUGCACCUGGAGGGUCAACAGAGUCGAAACCAUGAGCUGGAGAAGAAGCAGAGGAAGUUCGAUCUGGAGCAGAGCCAGUCUCAGGAUGAAGUGCAGAGGGAGAGGAGUCAGCGGGAGAUUCUGUCCAGAGAGAGAGACAUGCUGACUGUAGAACUCUUUACUCUCCGACAGCAGCUACAGGAUAAAGAGGUGGAGCUCUGUGGGCAGAAUGUGAAGCUGGAGCAGCUGGAGGCGGAGCUUCAGGAUCUUUCCUCUCAGGAGUCGAAGGACGAGGCCUCGCUGGCCAAACUCAAGAAGCAGCUCCGCGACCUGGAGGCGAAGGUCAAGGAUCAGGAGGAGGAGCUGGACGAGCAGGCAGGAACCAUCCAGAUGCUGGAACAGGCCAAGCUUCGUCUGGAGAUGGAGAUGGAGAGGCUGAGGCAGACACACUCGAAGGAGAUUGAGAGUAAGGAUGAGGAGGUGGAGGAGAUCAGACAGUCCUGCAGUAAGAAGCUGAAGCAGAUGGAAGUGCAGUUGGAGGAGGAGUACGAUGAUAAACAGAGGGUUCUGAGGGAGAAGAGAGAGCUGGAGAAUAAGCUGCUGAGUGCUCAGGAUCAGGUCAGCCAGAGGGACGUGGAGACCGAGAGACGUCUGAAGAAAGACCUCAAGCGCACCAAAGUCCUGCUGGGUGACGCCCAGGUCAUGCUGGAUCACCUGAAGAACAACGCACCCAGCAAGAGAGAGAUCUCUCAACUCAAGAACCAGCUGGAGGAGUCCGAGUUCACCUGCUCUGCGUCAGUGAAAGCUCGCAAGGCCAUGGAGCUGGAGAUCGAGGACUUGCACAUACAGAUGGAGGACAUGUCCAAGGCCAAGAUGUCUCUGGAGGAGCAGAUGAGCCGGCUGCAGAGGGAGAAGAACGACCUGCAGUCUCGCCUGGAGGAGGACCAGGAGGACAUGAAUGAGCUGAUGAAGAAGCACAAGGCGGCUGUAGCUCAGUCUGCGAGGGACCUGGCCCAGAUCAGUGACCUCCAAGCUCAACUGGAAGAAGCUGUAAAGGAGAAGCAGGAGAUUCAGGAUAAGCUCCAGUCGUUACAGAGUCAGCUGGAGUUCCAGGAGCAGUCCAUGGUUGAGAAGUCUCUGGUCAGCCGGCAGGAGGCCAAGAUCCGCGAGCUGGAUACUAAACUGGAGUACGAGAGGACCCAGAUCAAACGCCUGGAGACUCUGGUGGCUCGACUGAAGGAGAAUCUGGAGAAGAUGACGGAGGAGAAGGACCAGCGAACCGCCAGCGAGAACCGAGAGAAAGAGCAGAACAAGCGCUUACAGCGGCAGAUCCGCGACACCAAGGAGGAGAUGACCGAACUCGCCAAGAAAGAGGCGGAGGCCAGCCGAAAGAAACACGAACUGGAAAUGGACAUUGAGAGCUUGGAAGCAGCCAAUCAGAGCUUACAGGCAGACCUGAAACUGGCCUUUAAGAGGAUCGGGGAUCUACAGGCGGCCAUCGAGGACGAGAUGGAGAGCGACGAUAACGACGAUCUUAUCAACAGUUUACAAGAUAUGGUGACAAAGUAUCAGAAAAGGAAGAACAAAACUGGAGACGACUCGGAUAUGGACUCGGAGGUGGAGGACCGUGUGGAUGGGGUGAAAUCAUGGCUCUCCAAGAAUAAGGGCUCCGCCAAGACUCUAUCAGACGAGGGCAGCUUGAAGACCCCAAGCCCCCCUCUCUAUAGGAGACACCUGAGCCAAACGGAGGAGGAGCCGGCCGAGGCGGAGGAGAAGGACGACCAGCAGUCCAGCCAGACCCUCGAUACCGACGGCAGCAGCGAUGCCAGGCUUUCAGAAACCACAGCGUAGCCCUAAACCACCCGAACCUUCGUCCCUAUUAAACACAUGCACUGGACCUGGAGAAGAUCUCCCACAGCUUGACCUCUGGAUUCCAGCUCUGGACCUGGACUGCUCAUGGACUCUGGGCUGCUCGCGGCCGACUCAUGCAGAACUGAACUGUAGUACAUAUGGUUUGUGUUAUUUAAUGAUAGAGCUUUAAAAAAUAAUGUUGAAAUAAGGCGUAAUCUAAAGGCUGAGUGAAGUGUUGAAGUCUUGAAGUCUGCUUUUGAAACCAUUGAAACCGUUGAAACAGUUGAAACCGUUGAAACCGUUGCCUAUUAAAAUGUUCUCCUCUACACUACGAAGACCUUCAACCUUCAAGUGACCACUAGUUGAUUGCUGCUGGCUUUUAAAACGUCCAAUACAUGGCUUUUUAUCUUAUACUGCACUGCAAGAGACAGAAUAAAGCACCUUAAAUGUGGGCAAUAUUGAAAUAUAUACAGGUCUGGACAAAAAUAAGAGACUGAAUAAAAAAUAAAAAAUAUUAAAAUAUUGUCAUUUAGAGCAUUUAUUUGCAGAAAAUGAGAAAUGACUGAAAUAACAAAAAAGAUGCAGAGCAUUCAGACCUUAAAAUAAUGCAAAGAAAACAAGUUCAUAUUCAUAAAGUUUUAAGAGUUCAGAAAAAAAAAUCAAUAUUUGGUGGAAUAAACCUGUUUUUUAAUCACAGUUUUCAUGCAUCUUUGUAUCAUGAUCUCCUCCACCAGUCUUACACACUGCUUUUGGAUGAGUUUCUGGUGCAAAAAUUCAAGCAGUUCAGUUUGGUUUGAUGGCUUGUGAUCAUCCAUCUUCCUCUUGAUUAUAUUUCAGAGGUUUUUAAUUAGGUAAAAUCUAGAAGAAACUCGUCAUUUUUUAAGUGGUCUCUUAUUUUUUUCCUGAGCUGUAUAUAUUUAUAUUUAUGACAGUAUAUAUUUAUGCUUACACAUUGAUACAUUUUGAUAUAGUCAUAAACAAUAUGCGAAUAUGCAUUUCUGGGCAUAUCAUGGAUAUCACCAGUGCUUAAAAAGCAACCUAUUAAGACAAUUUAUUGUUGGAAUAAGAUUUUAGAAAUGCUUGUAUUUGCUAAAAUCAGACUGUGAUAUACAGUAGGUGCCAUCCUUACUGUUAUUCAUACAGGUACUGGCAGUGUAAUGAAAUUAUAAUCUGUCAUGAUCAGUUUCUAUGGUCUGAAAACUCUUUUAACUGCUGUUUUAAUCAGAUUUUACAAUGUUUUAAAAUCCAAUAUAAUUUGAUCUUGAUUUAUUCUUGAAGCUUUUUGCAUUGACUUCUAUUGAAAGUUAUAAAGGUUUUGCCCUUCUCCUGUAAAUUUGCGAUUUUGGAGAUACAAGGUUUUUGUGCUACAGUGAUGAUAUAUAUAUUGCCUACAUUUAAGAUGCUUUCGCUGGUUAGGAUGGUGAGUUUUACAGUGUCAGGAUUAUUCAGCUAGCUAACACAAGCUCAGGCACUAAUACUGAACACUGAGAGGAGUUCAUCCUCACAUACAUGCUUUCUUUCUGUUGUCUCUCUUUUUUUUCCUCCCCCUCUCUCUCUCACAGUCUCUUUCUUUCUGUAACAAACACAAUAUUUCUCUCUCUCUCUCUCUCUCUCUCUCUCUCUCUCUCAUGCAACAUGCUUUUGCAAUCUCUCUCUUUUCCACCUUGUCUCUUCUCUUUCACUCCCUCUUACUUUUUAUGUCUCUUUCUUUACGGUUUUCUUCCUCCUUCUCUCCCAUCCUCCCUUUCUCGUGUACUCUCUAAUUUCAACUCCCACUCUAUUUCUUUCUCUUUCUCUCUCUCUCUCUCUCUUUGCAUACUCGCAUCUUCUCUUGCACGCUUAAUCACUUACGUUCUUUGUCUCUCCUGUGCUCUCUUUUUCUCUCUCUCUCUUUCUUACACUCUUUCUUUAUCUCUUUUGCUCUCUCGCUCACUCUCUCUUCUCUCUCUCUUUACAGCGUAAUAAUGAUCUCACUUGCAGUCUUUCUCUAUCUCUAUUUCUUACACUCUUUCUUUAUCUCUUGUGCUCUCACUUUCGCUCUCUCUCUCUCUUAUGAUCUCACUUGCAUUUUUUCUUUCUCUCUCUCUCUCUCUCUCUUUUGCUCCUUACUUCUUAUUCUCUCUCCUUCCCUCUUGUUCCCUUUUACUCUUUCUUUCUUUUUUGCUCUUUCUCGCUCUCACUUACACUCUCUCUCUCUAUCAAUUAAUCAAUUAAGGCUAUCUUCCUUUCUCUUUUUCUCUUUGUAUACUCCCUAACUCUGUCUCUAUUACUCUCUCUCUCUCUCUUUCUCUUCAUCUCUCUCAGUGAUAUAACACUCUCUCUAUAGGAAAUUUUGCCAUGUUCACUCUGCAGAGGAGUACCCUUUAUUAUAUAAUAAUAUAAUAAUAUUAUUGUGAGGAGAACAAUCGUUCAGUUGUUAUGGUAAUUUGGGUUCUGUUUGUUGUUUUUUGUUUGUUUGUUUGUUUGUGUGUUUUUUAGAGAGAGAUUUGCUCGGUCAGGUGAUGCUGAUGCUGCUGUGUGUGGAUGUUGUGACAUUUUGCCUUGAAUCUGCUGGACUUUAUCUCCAGCCUCUCUGCUAUAGCUCUUUAUCUGUUCAUUUCCCCCUGAAGGGAUUAUUAUUAUUAUUAUUAUUAUUAUUAUUAUUAUUAUUAUUAUUAUUAUUAUUAUUAUUAUUAUUGCUGUUAGUCGAGGCUUUUGCUUUUUUGAAAUGCAUUUAAACAAUAUUUUUAAAUAUCCUGAUGCCUCUACUAGACUAAUGGCUUUUGCAGUGUGUGUUUGUGUACCUGUGUGAGUGUGCACAGUCCACACACACACACACACACACACACACACUUCAAAGAAUGCUCGGAAUGUCCGAAUGUGAAAUCCUCAGAGAUUCCUUAAUAUCUGCUUUAGAUGUUGGAUUAAUCUUUAUAUUUUGGCCUUAUUGAAGAUGAUUGAUAUCCUAUAGCUGGAGACAAUAGAUAUAUUAUUAUCAUAUAUAAACAUAUUCUAUAUAUAUCUAAAAUAUAAAUCUGCCAAAAGACUGCGUAUUGAUCAUGGACCGGUGUUGGAAGACGUACAGAAAUGUGUGUGUGUGAAUAAAUACAGACACACACACAGGCGACUCUGCUUGUUUGUGAAGCCAGUGCUUCUGUGUGAGCGAAUGUAAUGUGUUUACCAGACAAGCUAUUAGCAUAUCGUUCUUUUUUUUUUUUUUUUCUCUCACUUAGUUUCCCUUCUGCCCUUUUUUCUAUGCAUAAAAACAGGACGUUUUAUUACAGGACGUAAACAAUGACACUUUGUGUGCUACUGUAGUAGCUUAUGCAAUAAGGCGAAUAUAGUAUAUUUAUUACAAAUCUUUGAGAAAGGCUUAUUUACAUAAGUGUAGGAAUGAUGCGUUAGUUUUAUUGUAAAUAAAGAAUGGUGAUUGUU